GCUUCCCACGCAUGCGCUUGGAGUCGCUUAAAACCAUGAGAGUCUUAAUCGGUGGUGGGACUGGAUUUAUUGGUCGAAACUUAAGCCGGAUGCUAAGGAGCCAAGGCCAUGAAGUAACCCUUAUUUCUCGUGAACCUGGAAAGAACCGGUUAACCUGGGUAAGGAGUAGGGGCUUAAAACAAGCUAAAGUCGGAUAUUACCGGCCCAGCCACACCACCAAAUACACUGAAGAGAGUCCCGGUGGAGACUUCGAUUUCUUUUCUCGCUUGGUGAGCUCUUGGGAAGAAGCAGCUAAAAUUCCUAGUGAAGCCACUCGCCAAGUGGUAGUGAGAUCUGGUGCUGUUCUGGGUAAAGACGGUGGCGCCAUUAGCCAGAUGAUAUGGCCUUUCCGCUUUGGGCUGGGAGGCCCCAUCGGUUCCGGACACCAGCAUUUCCCGUGGAUCCACGUCGCCGACUUGUCAGGAAUUGUGAGCCACGGGCUGCAGAAAGAGGGCCUGAGGGGCAUUUUAAAUGGUGUGGCACCAUCCGCCGUGGACACCACCAAUGAGGAUUUUGCCCGAGCAAUGGGGUCGGUGCUCAAACGUCCCGCCUUCUUGCCCCUGCCGGGUUUUGUAGUGAAAGCCGUUUUCGGCUCCGAGCGAAGUACCAUGCUGCUCGACGGGCAGCGGGUGGUCCCCAAGAGGACUCUCGAGAGCGGCUACAUGUUUGCAUUCCCCGACCUUUCCUCUGCUCUCCAGGAUAUUUUAGAUUGACCUGAGGAGGCCUGAGGCUGCAUGUCGACAUGUUUCCGUUUUGUCUAAUACUUCCUGGGUAGGCGCAACGCUCAGUUCUUUUCAGUAGGUUGGCUUGCAAUGCCGUAGGUUGUUUUGAGCACCGGAGUUUUCAAGUCAGGAAGUUGAUCUGUUCAAAAAAAAAAAAAAAGAUUAUCUUAUUCCCAAAGAAUAAAAUCUAUGUCUAUGGUGCUGUGGGGAGAAGGAAGAGUAGUUUAUGGUGGUUACUCCUGUGGACGGUAGAUUUAUUAUCUUUUCUUCUAGAAAGUUCUCUUAUACCACAACUUAACGGUGAUCGGGAUGGGGUAACAAAAUGUUACAGUAUCUGUGAAGCAAACGCACUGGUCUUUGAAUGGAGAAUAUACCAGUGGUGGAUUCCCAUGUUGGGUGAACUUUUGAAUGUAUUUAUUUAUUUGGAAGGGGGGUGGCCUAGAGGUCAGGAUCCUGGGCUUGGCAUCCAGAGAAAACAGGAUGCAGUGGUCCCAAAAGUGCUUUUUUUUUUUUUUUAAAGUCAACUAGACUUUUUUUUCCUUGAAGACGUUUCGCUCCUCAUCCAAGAAGCUUCUUCGGUUCUGAAUGAAUGGUUGAGGAUGGGAGGGUUUAUAUUCCUCGCAAUCAUCCGGUCAUUUUGAGAGUCGUUGAGGCCACUGGAAGAUUUAUCUGUGCCGUCCGGGUCAAAUGAAUGAGUGUAGAACAGGGCUGUGAAACUCGCCGCCUGCGGGCCGGAUGCAUCACGCGCUGGCCACGCACAUGCCCGGUUUAGUGAUUUGGGGGUGGGGGGAGUCUUGAU